AUGAGCGCUGCCAUUCGAUACGGCCCCACAUCGAUAGCUAAGAUCUUCAUCGAGAAUCAGGAGGACUUAGAAGCCGAAAUCUAUGAAGGCUGGACUUCAUUGAGGCAUGUUUUUUUCUGUGGUGGCGAGGUAAUAGGAAAGGUCAAUACCGACAAUGAAAAGGAAGAGGCGUCCAGGAAUAUCAAAGAGGCCGUCGAAAGUCAUGCCGAAUGCUUGACAGACAUACUGCUGAGCAAAGGAGUCAACUUGAAUCAACCUUUCAAUGGUGGAUGGGGUCCCCUGCAUCAUGCUAUCCGUUAUAUGCACGAUGACCCUUCGAAGAUACACAGACUACUGACGAGAUAUCCCAAUCCGUCUGACCCUAACUUAGCAGAUAAUGGAGGAACACCACUACAGCUGGCAAUUUUCAACGGCGAAGCAAACAUCGUCAAGCUCCUUAUCCAGCAUGGGGCUGACACAAAUCAAACCUACGAGGACGGAUCAACUCCAUUGAAUGAUGCAAUCAAGAAAGGGCAUCGGGGCAUCGCUACUAUUCUCAUAGAAUCAGGAGCAUCGCUCACCACCAGGGACGCUGAUGGUCAUACUGCUCUUGCUUGCGCAGUGCUGAAGAACGACAAAAGUACAGCUUGGCUUCUUCUUUCCAAAGGAGCUUCAGUGAUCUGUCCCAUCGAGAAUUUGCCGAACCUUUUCUGCUGGUGUCUCGCUUACAACGAUCUGUCUUUGGCAUGGCUUCUUUGCCAACACGAUAAGGUUGCUGAUGCUCCAGACGGCCAAAGAAUGACACCUCUUCAUUGGGCCUCCAAAGAUGGCCACCUUGAAGCAGUGAGAUUUCUACUGCAGCAAAACGCCACUGUAGACGCGCAAGAUCACAAGGGGAAAACUCCACUUAUUCUCGCCACACUCAUGAGGAAGUUAACAGUCAUGGACAUCUUACUUGAAAAUGGCGCCUCAGCUGAACUUCGAGACAGCCAAGGCAUGAAUGCGCUACACCACGCUGCAAGACUAGGGUUCCAGGAAGGUGCAGAAGUGUUGUUGCGAUGGAGAGGCAACAUGAAUGUGAAUCUGAUCGACUCGCAAGGCUUCAAUGCUCUACAUCAUGCAGUAGUCUGCCACAACGCUGACAGCGAGCUCAUACAUUUUUUAGCUGUCAGCGGUGUGAAUUUGAACACGCAAGAGCAGCACGGAAGGACGCCAUUGAUGCUAUGUGCGCAGUUAAACAGGUCGCAAAUCGCUCUCCAACUCCUUGUAGAAGGUGCAAAGUUGGGUGCUAAAUGUCCUCGAGGAUGGGGUGUAUGGGAAUACUCGAAGCACUACCGUUCAAAGGACAUGAAAUCGCUCCUCGAAUCGGUGGACAAGAACAAAUAG